CUAAGCAUGCAGACUGCUUCUACAAAUAUUUGUGAAACAAUGGGUUACUCUCAGGAGCUCUGUGAAUUCAAGCAUGGUACCGUGAUAGGUUGCCACCUGUGCAAUAAGUCCAUCCAUGAAAUUUCCUUGCUACUUAAUAGUCCACGGUCAACUGCUAGUGGUAUUUUAACAAAAUGGAAGCAACUAGGAGCAACAGCAACUCAGUCACGCCGCCACUGGACUGUGGGGCAGUGGAGACAUGUUCUCUGGAGUGACAAAUCACACUUCCCUGUCUGGCAAUCAGAUGGACAUGUCUGGGUUUGGCGGGUGCCAGGAGAACGGUACUUGCCUGACUGCAUUGUGCCAAGUGUA